AUGUAUUUUUCUUCAUUGCUCUGCUCAAUCGUUAGAAGUGUUUCGAAGAGAACAACUCGAACAUUUUCAGUCAUAGCUAAAUCGCCAAGCACUAUAGAACAAUCGUUAACCUAUACAGAUACUGUUCUUGUCUUAUCAUUAAUGUUACCAUCACGUCAAGAAAUAUGUCGUUUUCAUCUUAAUUUACAAACAGCAACAGUUGGCCAAGUGAUUGAUGAAAUAAAAUCUGAAGAUGCUGGCGUUGAACAUGUUCAAAUCUAUGAUCAAAAUGGUGUUUCAUUAGCUAAAUCAUAUCCCGUAAAUUCGUUGAUGACUUAUCCUUUUACUAUCGAAUUAAAUAAACAAAGAACAUUUCUUUUUGAUCCAAUUAAAAAAGUAGAACUUAAAGAAACUAUUGUUCGACAACAUAAAGGCGAUGGUCCAUCAACUGAAGAUACUGUUGCUGCACUUUAUCAUGCAUUAAAUGUGAUGAAAAUUUAUCAUCAUAAAUAUCUUGAAUUACAAAAGGAAGCUAAUGAUUUGUCAGUACAACUUGAACCACUUGAGAAAGUAAAAGACAAAUUAGCUGAUAUAUGCCAACGUUAUACAUCUCGUUGUAUAUGGUAUGGAUUAGGUGCAAUGUCAUUUCAAGUUGGGAUAUUAGCUGAACUUACAUGGGAUGUUUAUUCAUGGGAUAUUGUUGAACCUAUUUCAUAUUUUAUUGCGUUUGGUACUGCAAUCUCCAUCUAUUCAUUUCAUUUAAUGACUCGUUUCGAUUUCGAAUUUAUGACGAUGACCGAUCGAUUAUUUCUUCGUAGAUUUUACAGUGAAGCUCAUCGUCAUUCUUUUGAUGUUUCUCUUUAUAAUCAAUUAAAAGACCGUCUUUUUGGUGUCAAUACUGAUAUAGCACGGUUGCGAGCUCCUCUCUCUUUAUCAUUACCAGCUCCACCAAAUCCUGUAAAAUGUAAAAUUAGUGGUGAAGAAUUGAAUUUAUUGGAUGUCUGUCGUACAAGAAGAGUAAAUUAG